CGUUGCUGUGGCUCGUCAGUUCAGUAGUUUAGGGUUAAGCCCGGAGAACGCCACAUAUAAUUAUUAUAUAUAUAGAUAUAUGUAUGCAUAUAUAUUUAUAUUUUUCGAAACGAAAUAGAAGCCAAACUUUAGACAAGGCGUAACCCGUUAUCAAUCUAGCUUAUCUUAUCUGAACGUUAGCCAUGCCGGGUGAGAGUUCCAUGUUGAAUGAAAGAAGGGCUGCGUAUUAUUUUAUGCAUACAUGUAUGUGUGAGUGUCUUUUGCUGAUAAGACAACACAAUCCGUAUACUCAACGCAACAGGUAAAUGCAAUCAGUAAUCGAAUGAAUUUCGAAUGAGACGCGCUAACGAUCCGUACGAAGAACGCGCCGUGCCUAUAGAUACGCAUACUCAUAGUGAUAGCUGAAAUAUAGAUCAGUUGCGGUGCAGUGAGCAAGUGAAACGUCAAAUUUGAAAUAUGUGAACAGCAAUAGAGAGGCAUUGUUGUGCAAGUGCAUUAAGGGCGAAGAAAAAUUUAGAGAUACAUAAAUGAAAAAUCCACCGAACAAAUACGUAGUAACAACUGAUAAUUAGUUAUUAAUAUAAAUCGUGUAGUUUUUAAUCAAAAGUAGUAUUCUUCAUAACACGGACGGUGCUUAAAAGUAUUAAGCGCAUCUCUAUGUCACAUAUCACAUCAAAACAUCGUCGCAUCAUCGUGUAAAAAAUGUCAAGACUUCGUUGUUACCUCACUAUCACCCUGCUGUUCUAUUUCGCAUCGUCGGCUUCUGCGCUUAAUUGUCCUCCCAACUGUAAAUGCUUUUGGGUACUCGACAGCCUAUGCGUGGAGUGUGCACAUAAAGGUCUAACAGAGUAUCCGAACUUUUCCGAUUUACCCAUUGACCAUCUCGAUUUGUCGGGCAAUAAAUUUGAUCGUUUUCCCUCACAAUUCGCUGAUAUCGAAUCACUCGUCUACUUAGAUCUCUCUAACAAUAAUAUCAGCCAGCUAGAUGCCGAUGCGCUGAUUGGAUUUACAGCUCUGCGCGUUCUCUUACUCACGAACAAUAGUUUUAACAGUUGGUUGGAUUUAAGUCCUCAAGAAGCUUUUCGUAAUGCCAUUAGCUUAAAACACCUCAGUUUAAGUGGAAAUAAUUUAAAAACUUUUACCGAUUUUAAGGAGGAACAAACGUUGAUCAGCGAAUCUCUGACCAAUCUGGAACUGGAGCAUUGCAGUAUUACGACAGUUGGUGGUGAUCAUCUGAUAAAUGGACUACCCUCGCUGGAACGUUUGGUGUUGUCGGGUAAUCCAUUAAUUACCCUGAAUAAUAUACCGUCAGGCUCAUUACGUGAGCUCGAGCUCAGCAAUUGCAGCUUGUUACGCAUACCGAAAACACUAAUUGAAGGUUUGCCAAAUUUGGAGAAAUUAAAUGUGUCGUGGAAUUUCGCCAUAGACUUUAAGGAUAUGAUAAUAUCCGAAACCCUCUUGGAGUUGGAUGCCUCCUUUUGUAAUUUAGUUACGAUAAAUUUGAGUGGCUUCCCAAGUUUAUCACAUGCACAUUUACGCGGUAACAUGCUUCGCAUUCUGGAUCAAUAUACCUUUGCCAAUAACACACAGUUGCAAACGUUGGACUUGGCAAAGAACUCGCUCCGAAAUAUACAAACCAAUGCAUUCGUUAAAUUGACUCAUUUGGCGACGCUCGACUUGUCCUAUAACGAAAUAGCGUUGCUCGAUAAGAACUUGUUUCGUUCCAACGAUGUGCUCAUCUCGGUCAAUCUUAGUCACAAUGUUAUGGAGAAAUUUACGAAACUCAUAUCGAAUUCGUUGCGUGAAAUAAACUUAAGUGGUUGCGAAAUAAUUAUAAUCGAUGCGAAUGCCUUAACGGGCCUAUCGGUAAUACAGCGACUCGACUUAUCUAAAACACUUAUCAAGGAGUUUCCGCCGAACCUGCACUCCGAAACGCUGCAGCGCUUAGAUUUGAGUAACUGCAAAUUGUCGAGCAUAAGAAAUACAACAUUCUCCGGGUUUCCGGAACUGGCUUGGUUGUAUUUGAGUGGCAAUCGUUUUACGAACCCAAUACCGGCUGAAUAUUUUCGUUCGAAUCAUUAUCUGGACGCCAUCUGGAUUGGCGAUAAUCCAUGGAUUUGCAAUUGUCACGAUCCAACAUUUAUCGACUUUUACGAUUUUCUAACUGCAGUGCCACAGAAGUUAAAGGAUCGUAAAUAUGUACGUUGUGCUUCACCCUCCUCCCUCUAUGGUAAGACCUGGGAAAGUGCUUGUGGCAGUGUCUGGAUACCUAAUGGACGCUCUUCCAAAGCAGAACAAGCGUGGACUGCGAUAUUGCUGUGCAUCUUAGGGAUAGGUGUUGGAACACUCUUAUAUACCGGCUUCAAGAAAUGUAUAAAAAGCCGCAAGCAGCGGCGCAAUCGGGAGGAGUAUCGACAGAACCGCGAUGAAAUGAUGGAGAUACGCGCACAGAAUCAACGUAUGCUUGAUGAGCCCGCCACACCCAAUGCACCAUAUCCUUUUGAGAACAACUUGCCGUCGUACGAAGAUGCUAUACUCAUGCCGAAACUUGAGCGACCCGUUAAAUCGAUGAUGGACUUGACUGAAUCAGGGCAUACACGUCGCAACAAAUUACGACGCUCACAAACCAAUCCCGAUGGUGAUAUCGAGGAUGCCGACUUAAUGCUGGACGAUCGUCAGCGCUUCCGCAGCGAAGAAAUGCUUUCGAAUCGCGUAAAAGAGCGCACCGCCAACAUAACACCGUUCGCACGCACCGGCUAUGUGGUAUAUAGCAAUUCACGUAGUCGCCGUUUGAGUGUUGAAGAAUCACGCUUCCCCGCCGCACACUUAAAGUCGCAGAAUUUGCAAAGCGCUGAGAAAAUCGCAAACUUCCAGGGUUACGAGCAUAGUCCGUACACAAAACGACGUCCCAAAGUAGCUGAAAUACCGCCAUUCAAACGCGCCACCAUGCGCACCGACAGUGUUGAGUUCCUUACAGACCCCGAAUAUGAAGAUCACAGCAAACCGGGCAGUCCAUUUGCGCGUCGCAAACCGAAAACACCAACAACACCAGCGACAGCAGCAGCUGUACUCGCCGACAGCCCAUUAGCGCCAGCUGUGGAGGAUUACUUCGGUAGCGUGCGAAAGCCACAUGAUUCCACGUCAGACGAGAGUGAUUUCCAGUUGGUGGUCGAUGCGGAAAACUCCUCCAUUUUAGAAUUGCAUAACACAUCGUCGAGUGGUGGAAAUUCAGCAAGCAAUUUGGAACGCGGCAGACGAAAGAAACGACUGAACUCGACGAAUAGACGUGCGAGUGGUAAUUUUACCGCCGCGGCGGCAGCAGCAGGCGAGACCUCUUCAACUUCAUCUGAUAGGGAUCCCAUUGUGGUGGUGCACAAGCCAAUGCGCGAAACACUUUUCUAGGUGCGCUACAAAGUGACCUGCCUGAAGCUAGCGGAAAGUGCACCAUACACAUACUUGUUUCCAUGUGUGUGUGUGUGUGCGUGUGUGUGUGUGUUGUUCAACGAAAAGUAUUUAACGUUUAAUAGUAUAUUGUAAAAUAUUAAUAAUGUUAUUAGUCAUGUGACGCUUAGAAAGUUUUAUUUUUAAAAAGCUGUUAACAAAUAACAAUAAUGUAUUAAUUUAAAAGGCGAUACUAAAAUAAUAAUUAAUUUAGUAAAUUGAAUAGUUAAGAAAUUUUAAUCAUCUGAAGCACGCUGUAAACAAGAUGGUUUGUGUAUUUACUAAACUUCCAUUAUAGUUCGCGACCAUGUUUUCGCUAUAGCACAAUGUCACACACAGAGGGCGCUAUCCGACGUAAAAGAGUUGGUUGUAGUAUUUGCUGAUAAAGGAUUGCGACUUGGCUAAGUAAUUUUGCAGCCCAGCAGCCGCCUACUUACUGCUCCUGCUCACCUGGUGAAACUGGUAGUUUGUGCACGCGGCGAUUUUUUAGGUGACGCCGCUAGCAACCCGGCAGAUUUGUGUGAGUGAGUGAGAUUUUGCAGGGAAUUGAGUGGAAAUUGCGUUCUUUUGCGAAAAUUUAAGACAUUUUUAAAGACAUAUAAUAGAAAAUUCACAGUAUUUAUUUAAAUUAAUUUAAAUUAUUUUGUUGAGCAAUAAAAAAAUGAAUGAUAUAUUUAUUAGUAAAUCAUCGCCUUAAUGUUUAUGUUAAAGUUAAAAAGAAGAUAAAGUAUAGAUUUUAAAUAAUUAUAAUGAAAAUAAUUUUCGAUUUUAUUUUAAAAAUUAAUUUGAUGGAAAAAUAUCAAAUGUAUUUUUUGUAUGAAAAUUGAAUUGGUUUAUUAGAAAUAAUAUUGGUUGGUGGAAUGAAAAUUUGUAAUUUCGAAAAUUAUUUAAAAAUUGAGUUUUAUGCGAUAUAACUAAAAUUAAUUAAUAAAAAAUAUAAAUUUUUGAAUGGAAAAUUUUUUUUUAAUUUUUAGUGCUUAACGAAAACGAAAUACAAAAUAAUUAUAUAAUAAUAAAUAAAUAAAUAAUUAUAAAUAAAAGAAAAUAAUUUCAAAA